GCGCGAGACCCGCUAUUAAACCCCAUCGUCUUGCACACAUUAGGCAUCCACCUCGAAGUGCAUCCACCCCCGUUCAACUGUGGCAGAGGCCAUGGCAGCUGCAGCAGCGGGUGAGAGCACCAGGUUAAUUGGGGUGAGGAAGAAGGGGGAGGACAAGUUCGGUGCGGCGAUCAUGCACCCGGUGACGAAGACGUUCCUGUGGCUAGGGACGUACUCGUUGCCCGAGGUCGCUGCGUGCGCCUAUGACCUCGCAGCUAGGGAGCUGAAGGGCGCAAAGGCAAAGCUCAACUUCCCUUACCCUCCGCCGGCCAGACUGGUUAAGGAGGUGAUUGCUGCACCGAGGCACCGCAGCCACGGUCAUGAAGCACCGCUCUUUCAGGUCGUUACAUUGCCACCAGACCCCACAUCACCGCCUCCACCACCACCUAAGCUCGUGGUUUACUUUCCCUUCCCCAUCGAAGUACCCGCCAGCAACCCCCCGCCAGUGCCGGCAUACCCGUUCCUGCACAUGCCGCGUCCGGCACGAGCACGGCUCAGCCCGCAACCAGCGCACGCGCCCGCUCCAAAGACACAGCCGCCGAUCCAACGGAUGAACGUCAUGGUGCAGGCGGAAAGCUGCUUAAGCUCCUCAAGGGAAUCCCUAGGGGCUUCUUCGUCGCGCCGCUUGGUGUUCAAGAAACCCAAGCUGGUCGUAGUUCCCCUUACCCUUAGUGCUCCUACAGAAGGAACAGGUGACAAUUUCACCAAGCCGUGGUAUUGCCCUGAUUCUCCUGUUGUUUAGCCUCGGCCGGGUGAACUAUGCACCAAGAUCUCAUAGUCGUGUGCCAUCAUGAUCCAUGGGGGGUCUGAAUCACCUAGCUUAUAAGUUUUUCAUUACAACAAGUUGUAUUUUCAUUAAUGUUUUAAGUGUGUCGUACCAUAUAAUAUGUUUACUGUCAUGUUUGUUUUUACCAAUCAUAUGUAAUCAGGUAAUCUAUGUUGUUUGUUUCAUCAACCU